CCCUCUCUCUCUCUCUCUACCCCUCGCGCUUCUCUCUCCCUCCUCCUCCUCCUCCUCCUCCGACGCGUCCCCACCGCGGCGGCGAUCUCCGGCCAUCCUCCGGCGACUCCGCCCCCAUCUCCGGCGCCGGCGAUCCGCCGCCUCCCGUGAGCCCUUAAAUACAUUAUUGGAUGAUUUUGCAAGCGCACUGUAUCAGUUAUGGCUUCAAGUCUCCUGACUGCAGAUCGAAGAGUGGUUUCUUCGCGGAAAUCCGGCAUGACUGUUUUGGGCAAAGUUCCAAAGCCCAUUAAUUUACCCAGUCAAAGGUUGGAAAACCAUGGUUUGGACCCCAAUGUUGAGAUUGUUCCAAAGGGUACGCUCACAUGGGGUAGCCGGCCAUCUUCUGCAGCAUCAAAUGCAUGGGCUUCUUCAACAAUAUUAUCACCAAAAACUGAUGGAAGUGCUGGAUCGCCUAGCCAUUUUAAUGAUCGCCCAACUUCUGGAGGAAGUGGUACAAGGCCAUCAACAGCUGGCAGUGAAAAAUCCUCAGACCCUUCUAGUGUAUGGGGUUCGAACUCACGUCCAUCUUCGGCAUCUGGAUUAUUGGCAUCAAGUUACACUUCAGUUGCUGCUAACCGCCCUCGAAGUGCGGAAACAAGACCGGGUAGUUCUCAUCUGUCUCGUUUUGCUGAGAGUUCAUCGGAAAAUACUGUUGCAUGGGGGUCAACAAGAACGCCUGAGAAAUUGGGCUCCAUGCCGUCAAAGAAUACAGGAUUCACUCUGAGUUCUGGGGAUUUUCCAACGCUCGGUUCUGAGAAGAAUUCUGAAUCACAUGUCCAGCGAGCAGGUCAUAGCUCUCAAGGGCGUUCUACUUCCGGUUCUGGUAUUGAGGCAACCUCAAAUGAAGGUCUAGAAACUCCUACGGGUGGAGAUGGUAGUGUGAAUGUGAAUAUACUGAAGACUGGAAAAUACUCACCGGCGGGAGGUAAUUCUCCCCAAAACAAAAGCUGGCAGAGAGAACCUCAGCAGCCGCAGCCGCAGCCGCAGCCAUACCCAAUCUUAGGUAUGCCACCUCAGCAGAUCGACACUUGGCGGCCCCCUCCUCCAACUCACCCUCCUGAUACUGUUUGGUAUAGAGGAGCGCCGCUUGGCGGCCCAUUUAGACCAGCUAUUCCACCACCUGGCGAACCAUAUAUGUAUUAUCCUCAGUUCCAGCCUAAUUUUGAAGCUGCUCCCAGGCCAGGAGUCAGACAAGGUGGUUAUCACCCUAAUAAUAAUGGGGAGACUUAUCGUCCUCAUUUGGCUCCCAAUACGUUCAUGGUUCCUAGCUAUUAUGGGUCCCCACAAGCUCCAGUGCCUUAUGCAGGCUAUUAUGGGACCCCGCAAGCAGGUUUUGGCAAUGCUGGGGAAAAAGAGGUUUCCUUUCAAGGCGGUCUUAGUGAAUAUCCAAAUCAAAAUGAUAAGGUUAAUCCAGAACACAUUCAGACGAGAACAGUUAAACAUGAGCCGCUAAUGAACAAAGAGCAGAAGGAAUCUGAUCAACCUCAUGGGCAAUACAGGGUUUUGCUUAAGCAACAUGAUGCGUCGGGAAAUAGUCAUCAUGCUCAAGAAAGGAAAGACAGGCCUUUAACACCUAAUUUGCUACAUACUGAUCAGAAAGGUCUUCUCAAGGAACCUGGUAAAUGUGAAGAGCGCCCCUCAAACAAUGUGUCCAAAAAACAGCCAGAGUAUCCUAGUCAAACAGAUGAAGGCAUUUUAUCAGGGAAACCUAAAACCACUAUUUCGACUGCACACGAUCACCAAACUGUUACUAAGAAGAAUGCUACGCUGAUAGAAAAAAUAGAGGUUUUAAACCAUAAAGCUCGUAGUUCUGAGGCCCACAGUGAAGUUGGACAAGCAUUGUCCAAAGAUGACAAGAUGAAACAGUCAAAGGUUUUGAGUUCUCAGACAGAUCAUCCUACUGUAGCUGAAUCUCAAAUUAGUGCUGCAGAUUCUAAUGUUCAUAGAGCAAGCAAUGCGACAAGAAGAACUCAAGACAGUGAUUCGAAGGAGUCGCAUGAUGCAUCUGUUAGUGAGGCUCCUGCAUCUCUGGACUUGUCAAUUGAUUACCAAGCACAGCGCACUAAAAUGAAAGAGAUAGCAGUACAGCGUGCGAAACAGCUUCAGCAAGAAGAGGAGGAACGCACGAGGGAGCAAAAGGCAAAAGCUCUUGCAAAGCUGGAAGAGUUAAACAGGCGCUCUGCAGCGGCAGCAAAUCAGAAAAAACUAAAUGAUCCAUUCCCAGAAAAUGACGAUACAACCCCUAAACAAGAAGCAAAAGCUGAAAAUUCUGUGCGUGAGUCCCAGGUUGGUAUUUUGCCUGUUCCAUCAGCAAAGGCAAAAUAUACUGAACUCAAAAAUGUUGAAGCUCCUACAGAGUUGCCCUUAGAUAAAGCUCCAAUUUCCUCGGAAGCUGUUUCUGACGAGUCAGCUGUUUCUCACGACAGCAGAGCUCCUAGGCAUAAGCAGAUGGCUUAUAGGAAAAGGCCGAAUGCCUUUGAAGAGAAGAAUCAGGUUGAAAAGCCGAUUAUUUCUAAUAUUAUGGAUAACACUAAGAAUCUCAUCGACUCCAAAGUUCAGACACCCGCAAUCGACAAUGUGCCCAAUAGUGAGGAUCUCCCUAUGCAGCAGAAGAAGAGAGGUAACAGAAAUUUGAGGAGUAAAAACAAGUUGGAUGAUGCUAUCGCAAGCUCUUCAUUACCAUCUUUGGCACCACCUACAGAUGAGAAGACUGAAAAAGUUUCCUUUGAAAGCAACAAAAUACCUUCCCAAGAAUUGAUUGCUGAAACUAAAAUGGUAAAUCAGAGCAACCACUCGAAAUCUCAAGCCUUUAGGAGGACCACAAGAAACCAGCAAGGUGCUAGGCCUGUAGACAAAAUUCAUGGGAGCGAGGCUGUUAUCUGGGCACCUGUUAAUAAGCAUCCAGAGACUAACGAGCAGUCUGAGGAAAGUAAGCAGAUUAAUACGAAUAUAACUAGCAUUCAAUCAAACGAAAAGGUUGGCGAUGAUAUGCACGCUAGUGUGAAAACUAAAAGGGCUGAGAUGGAAAGGUAUGUUCCCAAGCCUGUGGCUAAAGAACUGUUGCAGCAGGAGAACUCUCAGAAACUUAGUUCUGAUGCUAAAAAUGUUGAGAAGGGCAUUGCAGCGGAUGUUUCAGUAGCUGCAAAAGCAGAUUCAAAUUUGGAUACCAAAACUGGGGAGGAGAAUAAUAAGCCUGUUAAUAAGCGUGGUAGAAAGCAUGCUUCUUGGAGGCAGAGAAAUCCAGCUGAAACUGCUCGCCUAUCAAAUUCCGACGAUAAUCUGGUCGAUUCCGACUCUGUGCAACAUGUUCACAAGAGUUCUGAUCAGCAUCAGUUGCAUGAAUCAGAUGGCCAAGAAGCAAGACAGCUCAAAUCGGAUGGUUGGAGUACUACUGAUACUAAUUUAUUGCCGACUGAACCUCCUGCAGUUAAGGAUCAGGGAGUAGGAUCUAAACAGAGGUGGCAGCAGAUAAAGGUUAACAAGGCUGGAGGAAGCAAUUAUACCGAAUCCGGUAACCAUGCGAUGGAAAGUGGAACCGGUGAUAACACCCAAACUCGAACACCAGCCUCUGAUUUGAAUUUGAAUUCGAAAUCAGAGAACAAGUAUUCUUCCUCCGAGCAUGCAAAAUCUCACUGGAAACCGAAAUCUCAAGCCUAUCCUCAGAGCCACCAGGAGAAAAACAGGCGUAACAAGGAACACUCUGGCGAGAGUAGUAUGCGUCACAGUGAGAAUGAAAGCAACCUAGCUCCAAAGGGUGAUGUUAAUGACAUAAGAAGUGAGGCUAAAGUUGAAAAUCCUUCAGAAGAGCAGAUACAUAAAGUACAACAAGAUGCAUCCACCAAAGCUCCAACAUAUGAAGCUGCCCAAUCUGAACAUCAAUUUAAUCCAGCACAACGCCGCAACAGCCGCUUCAGUAGAGGGCAAGAGGUGAUCUAUAGAGGGAGAGAAGCAAAUUUCAGCACAAAUGGAGACAAGCGAAAGAGCAAUGCGCAUUUUGAGUAUCAGCCGGUUGGAUCGUACUCUAAACCUGCUGAGUCCUCCCGACCAAACCCCAACCCUAAUUUUGACGAAGCAGUCGAGGGGAACCCUCAUUUUGGAUCGAGGUACAGAGGUCGGGGUGGUCAGAGCCACUCACGACGCGGCGGCGGUCACUUUGUCAGGCGGGGUGGGGGUCCUGCCGUUGACAAUGAAAAUUGAGAGUGGUUCUUUAUGCAUUAAUCGAUCAUAUUGCGUCGCACUGUUACAAGUGCGAAUUAUCUCUAGUAUAUGUGCUAGUGAGAAAUCGGAAGCAGAAUAGAGUUUGGUUUCAGAUUCGAGAAAUUUUCCCAUCAGUCCUGUUUUGGCUGGGAGGGGAUCCAAAGCCUGGCCGGAAAUGAUGAUUUCGAGAAGGACGGGUUCUUCGUUUCGUAGUCAGUUUGUACUUUGUUGGCUUUGGAUUUUUCAGAUGUUGUUGAUUUUACAUUUUAUGCACCAAGGUUGUCAUGCAGAACACACCGCAGACACUAAAAGCUAAUGGAACUCUCUGUAUAAGUUGGAUUAAUGGGUUUUGUCGCUCUUAAUCCUUUCCUGAAGCUUCAUUGUU